AAUUACUUCUAAUCAUUAAAGUCUAAUGUAACUCUGUAAAAAUGAUUAGAACAUAUGUUCUCAAAAACUUUCUUAAAUUCAAAACAAAACCAGUUAUUUUGCAUAGGAAUGCACCAGUUGCUCCCUAAAUGGAACACCUUUCACACGUCAGCGAUAUUUUAUGGCAGUAAGCAUAAUCGGAACUUAUCUCGUAAGAUGAACAAUCAACCUAAGAACGUAUUUAUCACUCGGGCUGAUGUACCUGACAUAGGUUUAAAGCUUUUAAAAGAAAGUUGUAAUGUAGAAACAUGGAGUGGCAGCUAUCCUAUAGCAAGAAAAGAUUUGCUUGAUCAUGUGGUUGGAAAAGAUGCUCUUUUUUGCACGUUGUCGGAUAAGAUUGAUAAUGAAGUAAUAGAAAAAGCAGGCCCACAACUUAAAUGCAUAUCGACAAUGUCUGUUGGGUAUGAGCACAUUGAUUUGGCUGCAUGUAAUAAACGUGGUAUACGCGUUGGUUAUACGCCAGAUGUAUUGACCGAUGCAACUGCUGAGCUGACGCUAGCUUUACUAUUAGCCACUAGUCGUAGACUUUUUGAGGCAAACAAGGAAGUCUACAAUGGCGGUUGGAAGUCAUGGGCACCAUUUUGGAUGUGUGGUAAUGGUUUGAAAGGUUCACGUGUAGGUCUUUUCGGUUUUGGUCGAAUUGGACAGGAAAUUGCCGCUCGUAUAGUACCAUUUAAACCAGCAAAAAUAACAUAUACAUCACGCACAGAAAAACCGGAGGCAGCUUCUGCGAUUUCAGCAGCUUUUGUUAGUUUCGAUGAGAUGUUACGUGAAUCUGAUUUUAUAAUUGCAUGCUGUGCUCUAACCCCAGAAACGAAGGAAAUAUUCAAUAGAGAAGCUUUUGCUAAAAUGAAAAAGAAUGCUAUUUUUAUUAAUACUGCACGUGGUGGUGUUGUAGAGCAAUCCGCUUUACGUGAAGCACUGCAGGAGCAGCGAAUACUUGGUGCUGGACUUGAUGUGACGACACCUGAACCAUUACCCUUGGACGACCCACUACUUACACUUAACAAUGCUGUUAUAUUGCCGCAUAUCGGCAGUGCUGAUGUCAAUACUCGGAUCGAAAUGUCGCGGAUAACAGCCUGCAACAUUUUGGCUGCAUUCAGUGGUGAUAAAAUGAUUGCAGAAGUUCAAAUUUAAACAAAUUUUUCAAAGCAUUCGCAUUUAAUUUUUAUUUAAAAACUGUACAUA